GUCGAUCGUCUUCACAUGCUGUGGUUUGGAAGAAUGGUGUUAGUCAAAGUUGAUUUUAUAGCUGUACUAGGCCUACUGUAGAACUCAGGGCCUUGGUCAGUUAGAGAAAUUCUAAAACAAAAUUAAAAAACAGGAAAUUAGAUUUAAAAGCCUUUUAUUUAAACGUAUUGAAUGUAGUUUGAUUGUUGUAGAUGUGUUUAGACGCCUUUUAAAGUUUGAAGACUGCAAGAUGAGUUUGAAACAGGGCAAGAAGGACACUAAAAUGAGAAUAAGGGCUUUUCCUAUGACUAUGGAUGAGAAGUAUGUACAAAACAUAUGGGCAUUGUUAAAAAAUGCUAUUCAAGAAAUUCAGAAAAAAAAUAAUGGUGGACUUAGUUUUGAAGAACUUUAUAGAAAUGCAUAUACAAUGGUGCUACAUAAGCAUGGAGAAAGAUUAUAUACAGGACUAAGGGAGGUGGUUACAGAACACCUAGUAAACAAGAUUCGAGAAGAUGUCCUUUCAUCUUUGCACAAUAACUUCUUGUUAACACUAAAUCAAGCAUGGAAUGAUCAUCAGACCAGUAUGGUGAUGAUUAGAGACAUACUUAUGUACAUGGACCGAGUUUACGUCCAGCAAAACAAUGUAGAUAAUGUUUAUAAUUUGGGACUGAUCAUCUUUCGUGAUCAGGUGGUGCGUUAUGGAUGCAUUAGGGAUCACCUUAGGGAGACAUUAUUAGAUAUGGUAAUGAGAGAAAGAAGAGGGGAAGUAGUGGACAGGCUGGCAAUUAAAAAUGCAUGUCAAAUGUUAGUGGUCCUUGGAAUUGACUUGCGAUGUAUUUAUGAAGAAGAUUUUGAGAAACCCUUUCUUGCACAGUCAGCUGAAUUCUACAGAAUGGAGAGUCAAGAAUUUCUUGCUGAAAACAGUGCAUCCGUAUAUAUUUAUAAGGUAGAACAACGCAUAAAUGAGGAAGCUGAACGUGCCAAGCAUUACUUGGAUGAAUCUACAGAAGAAAAAAUUGUACAAGUUGUUGAAAAAGAACUUAUAACGGAGCAUAUGAAAACAAUUGUAGAGAUGGAAAACUCAGGAGUUGUACAUAUGCUAAAAAACCAAAAAACUGAAGAUUUAGGUCGUAUGUACAAGAUAUUUAGCAGAGUUCGUGAUGGAUUAAAGACCAUGGUUGACUGUGUUAGUUCCUAUUUAAGAGAACAAGGGAAAGCUCUUGUCACAGAAGAAGAAGGAGGUAAAGGAGAUGCCUUAACGUUUGUUCAGAGUCUUCUGGAUCUCAAGGAUAGAUUUGACCACUUCUUACAUAACUCUUUUGGAAAUGACAGGUUCUUCAAGCAGAUGAUAGCAUCAGACUUCGAAUAUUUCUUAAACAUCAAUCCUAAGUCUCCAGAAUAUUUAUCCUUAUUCAUUGAUGACAAGCUAAAGAAAGGAGUGAAAGGAAUGACAGAACAAGAAAUUGAGCAAGUUUUAGAUAAAACUAUGGUUUUGUUUAGAUAUCUCCAAGAAAAAGAUGUCUUUGAAAGAUAUUACAAGCAGCAUUUAGCAAAGAGACUUCUGCUUAAUAAAAGUGUCUCUGAUGAUUCUGAGAAGAAUAUGAUUUCCAAGCUCAAGACAGAAUGUGGUUGUCAGUUUACCUCUAAGUUAGAAGGAAUGUUCAAAGAUAUGUCAGUAUCUAACACAAUGAUGGAAGAGUUCAAAAAUCGUGUGCAAACUUGUGGCACAUUUCUUUAUGGAGUGGAUUUAAAUGUGAGAGUCCUUACUACUGGUUUUUGGCCAACACAAGCUGCUACACCAAAGUGUAACAUUCCUAUUGCACCUUGGAAAGCAUUUGAAGCCUUUCGGUUGUUUUAUUUAGGAAAACACAGUGGGCGUCAACUUACCCUUCAACCUCAGUUAGGCUGGGCAGAUCUCAAUGCCGUUUUCUAUGGUCCUCGAAAAGAAGAUUCUGAGUCCAGAGAUGGACCAGCAUCAUCCACAUCCUCUCCAUCUCCUGGACCUUCUAUGUCAGGGAGACAUACUGGUCCAAGAAAACACAUCAUCCAAGUGUCCACGUAUCAAAUGUGUGUUCUAAUGCUUUUCAACAAUAGGGAUCGAUUAAGUUAUGAUGAAAUAUGCAGUGAAACAGAUAUACCUGAAAAAGAUCUCAUCCGGGCCCUUCAGUCAUUAGCUAUGGGUAAAGCAACCCAAAGAAUUCUAAUAAAAAACCCAAAGACAAAAGAAAUAGAACCGGUGCAUACAUUCAUUGUGAAUGAUUCUUUCACAUCUAAACUUCAUAGAGUAAAGAUUCAAGCAGUUGCAGCAAAAGGUGAGUCAGAACCUGAAAGAAAAGAGACAAGGUGUAAAGUUGAUGAAGACAGAAAACAUGAGAUUGAAGCAGCUAUAGUGAGAAUAAUGAAAGCCAGAAAGAGGUUACAACAUAAUGUUUUAGUAACAGAGGUCACUGAACAACUUAAGUCACGAUUUUAUCCCAGUCCAGUUGUAAUUAAGAAGAGAAUUGAAGGUUUGAUAGAGAGAGAGUACUUAGCUAGAACACCUGAAGACAGGAAAAUGUACUCGUAUGUUGCAUGAAGAAAUUGUUUCAACCAAGGAGGCAGUUAGAAUUUUUUUCAAGAAAUUAAGUUACCGUGGCAGUUAGGGUAGGGCCCACCUCCCAGUUACAGGUGAAGAAUGAUUGGUUAAUAUUAUAGGUGUUGACAUUGCCUCAGGAUUCUUAUAACUGAGCAACUGCCACGGCUCAGAUUGAAUCCAGUGAACUGUUGAUGUAUUGAUUACUCAGAGACUCAGUUUUGGCCAGAAUUCACUGACAGUGGCAAUUGCUUUAUGCAAUAUUGAACAUUGGCCUGUUUAGCUGUUGUAAUGUGACUGUUCUCCUACCAAAUCCCAUUGUAAAAUAAAAUAAUUAUGCUAUUUGUUGUUAAGUUAUGGUAGGAUUUAUUUCCUGUACAGAAGUGUGUGAAGCUCCAUUAAAAUGUUUGAAGUUCUCCAUACCCAGCAUUAAAAGUAUAAAACAAUCAUUUGUGAUCUGGGUAUUCAGAUCUUCAUAGCAAAGUGAGAAAAAAUAGAAUUAAACAGAUUUGUCUGUUAGCUCCAGUCUGCUUAUGUAUAAAAGUACAAUAGUGAACUUAAUCAUAUAUGAAUAUGAUUAAAACAUUUUUUAACAUGAUUUACUCUUGUUAUAUCUGCAAUAUAAAAACAGUUUAAUUAUUGUAACUACUGCUACUAUUUCCUUGUCCAAAUUUUCAUGCACAGCUUGUGAUACACUGCAGAAUAAGGCUGAUGAAAAAUGAAGAAUUUAGUGAUA